AUGGCAGCUAAGGAGAAAGAAGACGCGAAAGUUCAACCGUUGAUGAUAUUUUAUGAUAGUGAAGCCGCUAAUGGAAAUGUUUACUGUGGCGAUAUCAUUGAAAUAGCUGCAAAGUGCCAUCCUGAUGUUGUGAAAGGUUCUUUUCAGUCGCUGAUAAACACCAAACAACCGCUGUGUGCCUUCGGUAAGUGAACGUUGUUUAUGCGCUUCUUGCAUAACAUCGACACGAUAAAUCUACACCGUCAGCAACUUUGUGCUCUUUGUGACGCCGCUGCAUUUCAAAGAAAAAGCUAUGUGUGAAGAAAUUUUUUUCUGUAAAGUUUUUGCACGGACUGGAAAAGAGCCAAAGAUUCAUAGAAAUGGGAAAGAAAGCCUUCAACAUCUGAACAGCGUCUUAUAAUUUGCCAAGAAUAACAGCGCGUGCGAAGAAGCGCAUGUCUGUUGAUUCGACGGAAUUCAAAUUAUUUCCUAAUUUUCCCUCGAUCUGCUUAAAAUUUCACUUUUACCGAAAUUUGAAGACAAUUAAGACUCCCUCUCACGAAAAUGCUCCUUUAGAAACUGUCUCAACUCGUUCAGGCUUUUACAAUGUGUUGGUAUUUCCGGUAUGUUAAUUGCCAACGCCAUAAACACAGGCUUCGUCAUGUAUUUCUGAACUAGUCUCAAUCCUGUUUUCGACACCGGCUCCUUUUCUCUUGGUCUACCUUCUUCUCGAGUGGUCUAUUUGUUUUAAAGUAAGAAGGCGAUGAUAUGAUUUUUAAAUUUGCUGUGGGUGCAACGAAUCUUUUUUCGUUUUUUAAUCCCAUGGAAGAGCUCGAGUUCAUUGCGAAUAUAAUUGUUAGUAAACGAACUGUGAUUUAGUUAACUAAUUGAUUUGGAGGGAAAUGACCUAUUAUUUUCCUUUUUUCUCAAGGUGUUGUCGCACUUUUAAUACUACAGAUAAAAAUUUUGAGCUUCUUCAUAUUUUUUAAAACAAGAGAGUAUAGGAUAUUUAUUUUCUGCCGAAUGACAGGAAGAAAUUUACAGUAGCCUGGUAAUUCCAAAUUGAGUUUUAUUGGUGGUUAUCUCAAAGAGUUCAAUAUUGAUGAUAACAAACACAAUAUUUAAGCUUUUUACUUUUUCACUCCCAAGAUCUCUUUAGUAAUUCUCCUUACAGCAUGGCAAACAGUUCUCAUAAUGAUGGUUUGGAGAAUUUGAUAUUGAAUUAACUAUUAAACCCCUAAUUGAUAUUUUUCUCUUUUCAUCACUUGUCUUCUUGAUAUUGCAUUGAUAUUGUGAGGAUGCAUUCUGUUUUGGUCAUUCAUGGGAAUUAAAGGACAAAUUCACCACCUGUGUUUUGAGAACUUUAGCUACAGUUUUGGCAUACACUGCACUCUAAAUGUUUUUUAAAAAUAAACUCAUUUUACAGCCAAUACUACAAUUUGGUUAACUUUUUCAUAGUUUAAUUGAUAUAUGGAAUGGAGUGGUGAAAUAAGAAUUUUUAUGUUUUUUUAAUCAGAACCAAAAUUAUUGGAUAUAUACAGUCUACAGACAUAUGUAGUAUUUGCACUUAACCUUUAAAGUCCAUGAGUGGUCAAGAGAGAAUUUCUUCUUACAAUAUUUAACAAUUAUUUAUCAAAGUGGAGGUGAAUAGUACUGGAUAUUUACUGAGCUGCAGUAUAUACCACUCAGAUAACAAGAAAAUAAGUUCAUUUCCUUCCAUUAUAAGCAAAUGGUCGAACAUUAAACUCUUGAUUGGCAAUUUUGUCUUACCAGGUCCUCAGAGGUGAAUAGCACUUGCUAUUGACUUCCUAACUAGCCUAUCAGUACACGUGAAACUACACUAUUCACUUGUGGGGUAUAUACUACUAAUAUUUACCUGUGGGGUAUAUACUUACAAUAUACAUAGAAUACUUCAAGGAGGUCUGCCUGUAUGGUACAAUAAUAUACACAAAUUGGUAGUAUUAAUAAUUAAAUGAGUGAGGCAGUAAAGAAGUGAGAUUUCUGAUACAAACCAACGGGAGGGGAAAUACCAUACAGACAGACUUUCCAUGAUGUGUUAUGUUCAUUUUAUCCAUACAGAGACUCCAUUCUCAUUUACUGACAACUUAUAGUUAGGCUGUGAUAGGGGAGGAGGAUGUCAAGAGGUGGAGAAAAAAAAUUUUUUGAUGUUACUGUAGUCUUUUUAUUUAAUAGUCUAAACAACUUGUAUUUCCUAUUGUGUACUCACAUCAUGUCUAGCUGCCAGAGAUUGUGGUCUGUCACAGGAGGAUCUAAGCAACAAGCCAUUCUUCAGGGAGAUUUUUCUUAAAUUUCUUUCCUGGAUAGAUGACAUGGUGAAAUUAGCCAAAAAGAAACAUGGGAAGCAGUUUUUUCCAGGUAAAGUACUUGAUAUAGCGGUUCUUGGGCUAGAAAUCAAACAUGGUAGUGUUCCCUGUGUGAUUAAAUUUAAAUGUAUUUUUCUCAGGGGUUCUUGUAAAUAGAAAUUUGGUGGUGGUGUCCAGAUACUGCAAGUAUCAUGUAACCCAACAAAUGCAGUAGAAUAGAAAAGUAAAUAUACCCAGCAACUAAAAUAUCAGGUAGAUGUUUCCUUACAACUGAUUACUAACACCAUUUCUAUUCUUGUUUUUCAGUGUUGUGUGCACACCAUGGCUAUCAAUUUGACUUCUUGAUUUUACUGAACAACAUGGAGAGGUGUGGAUUACAUCACUCAAUUUUGACCCAGCACAAUGUUCAUUUUGCAGAUACUUUGGUUUUCUGUCAUGAGGUUGGUGCAUGGUUUGGUUGCAAAUCUUGUGUGAACUUGCACUGAAUCAGUUAGUUAAAACAGUUAUGCUUGUGUAUGUGAUGCACUUAUGUUGUGGUUCAAAUUUUAAUUUUCUUUGAUUUUAGACUCUUUGUCAUGCAGUGCCACAUGCCAAAACAAAGGAAAGUAAAAUUUGAACUGAGGAUAGAAAUGAAACAACAUGUACACAUAAUUUGCGCUUUAAAUUUUUAUUGAACCUAUUGUUUUAGUUUAACUGUAAGGACCUGUGGUUGUAUUGAUUUUGAUGAGGAAUACUUUGUAAAAUUAAUGGAUGUGAACGUUGGAAACCUGAAAGUAACACCUAGGAAAUUGUUCCAUCUUUUUCUAACCUGUACCUAUAAAUUGUUAUGAGUUGCAAUAACUUAACAUAUUUACCCAAUGAUAUCAUUGCAUGUGAAUAGAACAAGAGAGAUGGUAAAUUUUGUUUCAUCUGAACUUUGUAAUAGACUUCACUCACUGUGGAGUCUCUGAGGCUCAGUGAUAGAGCAUUGGAUCGUGCAAUCCGAAGGUCUGAGGUUCAAUUCCUCAUGGGGAUCUAGAAUUUUUCUUUGUCCUACUCUUGUGAAAAGACAAAAAACAUCUUUCCCUAUCUCGAUAUCAUUGAAAUUUGUUUAACUGUUAGUAUUAAUGCAGAAGAAGGACAAAUGAUCAAAUAAUCAUAUGAUGUACCUUUUGAGGUAAAGAGAGGAAAGAGCCUCCUUCCCUACCCAUUUCAAGAAAUACCUUGGCAUGCACAACAUACAUCUGUUUUAUAUUUUAUAUGUUCACAAGAGACAAUCUAACACUUUGCUUGCAGAUAUGUUCUUAGCUUGUUUUAAUUUAUUUUUUUAUUAAUCUGCAUGUAUUUUUCAUGAAAAUGUUGUCAUGAGCAUAUUGAAAGUCAUGCACAAAAAUGAAUCAAAACCUUCAAAACUGCUUUAAAAAGAUGUGAAGGAAAUGUUGAUUACAUCUCUUUGAACUCUCCUUUUGUUUAGUUGAAAGACAAUGGGGAGAAGUUGUUGGCCAACACAAGACUGUCCCUUGAGGCGCUGUAUAGAAAAUUCUUUCCAAAGAAAAUUUUUAAAGGUAAUACUGUCAAAGGAGGUGUGAUGUAUACAUGUGCAGUAUUCUUAGAGGUAUUUUUGAACAAUUCAUGAAUUCAGAACAUGACCAACUAGGUUUGCCUUUAUAUGGUCUGCUGAUGUGUUUCAACCUAGCAUCGGUAACAUAGUUUUGUUGGCCUCUCCUGUGCAGUACCCAAACUAUCAUUUUGAAACAUAAUUCAUGGAACAAAACAGUUGGAACUAGUGCGAGAAGAAAUAUAGUUUGUCUCUUAGAUUAUUUAUUUGCACGACAUUCAUUUUCCCUGAUUUUGUGUUGUUGACCAUCCAAUCAAAUCCCUUACUCUAUCUGUGUGUCAAUGCACUUUCCUCUGACUUUUUAGCUUUGGUUAACUCAGAAUCUCUACAAUCAAUUUCGGAAAAUUAAGUUGCAGUGGUACUCUUGUAAAUUUUAGUGUUAAAACAUUACUAGAAAAUGUAUUUUAGCAAAGUUCCAUUUUGGCUUUUCAGACAGACACAGAGCCAUGGGUGAUGUAGAUGGAAUGGUUAAGAUCUUCACACAGACACCACUCCGCAAACUACUUCGCCUCUUGAAGUAUUCAUCUACCAAAGAAAGGUUUGUUCCAUCAUAAACUGUCGCUUGGGAAUGUCUGAAGGGAAUCAGAAUGAGUACAACUUUCAUAUUGAACUAAGAAUUGUGUUGUCCAAAGAGAAGAAGUGAGAUUGUAUGAAGGGAAAGUAAAGCUAGUGUCAUUUUCUACUAACUUCAAAAGCCAUGUACUCUUAGAUUUGAUUGAGGUUGGUUUUGUCCCUUCUCCUGGGUAAAGUCAACUUGCGUGUAGUUUGACCUGUGGUGAAUUUAUUUUAGGUACCUUUUUAUUGGAGAAAGCAGCUUUCACUAUUGAGUUUCAAGCUCAUUUGAACACAAUUUUCAAACAAUUUGAUUAUGGGUUGAGUCUCAAUACUCAGUUAUCAGUAAAUUUUCAAAUAUUCAUGUACUGUGGAAUGGAGGCAACAGAAAUAAUGUGGAUUCUAGAACGUGUGUCUUCUCCAAAGUAGUUACAUAUAUAAGUCCUUGGCAAUUCUGGUUUUGAAAUGGAGCAAGUCCAUCAUUUUUAUUUCAAUAACAAAGGAGAUAUUAUGGAAAUGUAUUUAAUAUUUAUCAUGAACUAAAAUUUAUGUUUGUAGAUUGGAGUAUUACAUCUCUCAGUGUGGAAAAAAACAGCAACAAGCCAUUUUAGAAGGUUGGUCAGAUGGGUAUGCGUUACUUAGUGAGUGGUAUGGAUUCAGAUGUUUGGAUUUGGGAGUAGGAGGCGUAGAGGGCGCUCUGAACUAUGAAAAAUAUAAUAGAUGCACAUGGACAUCUGAGGGUGGUGAUCUAACAUCUGGUUAUACUGAGUACACUAGCUUUGUUUUCGUUGCUUACAGGCUUUCAAACUGUAUUUAUCGUACAGUUAUAGAACUGAUUAGUAAACCAUCUCUUUUUCUCACCAAUUUAGAUAAACUGUGUAAGCUGGAUGCAUGCAGUAAGAAUAUGUCUAUAAAGAAACUCUUAAAGGAGGGAAUUACGUACAACACUCUCAAAAGAAUCUUUGAAGAUUGCUGUUCUUUUAUGGAUUUUUAUGAAGUCAUGAAAACCUAUGGUAUUGAAAGGAAAGUGUCAAAGGUUAUAGCAUUACAUUUCGGUGGACAAGGGCUUCAAAAUCAUGGUUUAACAGCAUACCCAAGGUUGUACGAAGAGAAACCAAACCAAGCGAGUUCAGAAAGUCACCAUGCUGAAAGUAAACCACAACCAAACAUGGUAAGUGUGAACAGCUUAGAAGAUGGCAAGUUAUCUGAAAGAGAGAAUGGUACUGAGGACUGGGAGAGAGACUUGGUAAAAGCUGCACCUCGAAGUAGCUUCACCCUGAAGUGUACUACUCCUGCUCCUCUGAGCCUGGUUCUUGAUGACUUAUCGUACACUCAUUCAGAGAAGAAUAAAAUAGGCGUUGAAUCUCCAAUAGGAAAAGUUAAAUCUGAAAGAACUCAUUCCUCGCACAAAUCUGAAGGAGAACAUUCCCUGUCUGAGAUGCAAAAUGUUGAAGUCGGUAAUAAGAGUUCACGGGGAAAAACCUCCGGAGCUGAAGCUAGAAAGGGUUCUACUGACUCAGCACCUCAUGCACCAAAGCAGAGAGAUGAAAAGACUGUCAAAGGGAGGAAAUCUUUCAGAAAAAAGAAACCAGACGACAUGCUUUCCAAGGAAGUCGCCUUUUCAGGAAAAGACAACAGAAGAGAUCUAGUCAAACCGAGGCAGUCCAAGCUAAUAAAUCCUUCUGUAAAUGACAACUACAUUACAAAAAACAAACCAUCCGCUCCCUGUUCGUCUUCUGAUAAAGGUAAACCAGAGAGUGAGCUGAAGGAGCAAGCUUUUGAUGGAUGUUGCUCCCCAACUGAAUGUUCAGUAGCAAAGUUACAGCUUACAGAAAUUUCUGGCGCUUCGUCCACAACAAACCUGGAGCAUAAGUUCGCUAGUGUUCUUAUAGGAGACAUUGCUAUUCUCGUUCCUGUUGAGUGCGAUGGCAAAGAUUGUGAUUCUAAUGUAACUGGUGUAAAUGAACCUGAAGCACAUACUCUAGGGAAGAGCAAGGAACUUAGUUCGACACAAAAAAGUCCAGUCUUUGACAAUGUACCUUCAGUCCAUGCUGUGCAAGGACCAUUUGAAACACACUUUGAAGACCUGACUGAAGGAGAUAAUUUCGAUCCUAACAAGAUAACGAAGUCUUCACAGCAGAAUUGCGAUCUACCUCCAGGUAAUUCGGUGAAACCUGUUGUGCUGAAUUUUCCCUCAGAGCAUGAUCGGUCUCUUCUAAAAUCACCUGAAAGUUCUCAUGAAACAUGCUUCGAAGAGCAACCUGAAGUCAACGAAUCAAAUCUUAGUGGUGCCAUUGAGGUGCAGUUUGAAUCGUGUGAAGAAAGUACCCUGAAAUCUAGUUUUGUGGCAUCUGCUGUUCGGUCUGACGGAGACACGUGUCAUGCACACCCAUCAUCUUUGGACUUUGAGCAGUCUCCUGGAAAUGCCCUGGUACAUGAUCAAAUAACAUGUGAAGAAGAGAAAGAAAAUGUUAGCAAUUAUUUACAUGAAGUAAGGACAAGUACCAACUAUUUCGUUCCUCUUGUUAACCUUUCAAGUAGUGGUUUUCAGGCUUUGAAGGAAACUGAUCAAGGCAACUCUAAAUGUAUCUUUGAUACGAAUAGUUACUUCAUGCAUGAAGCGUGCUCGGCAAACAAACCCCCAUGUCUUAACGGCUCAACGGUAGAAAGAACCAGUGGUUUGAUUUCUUCAUGGGAAGAAAUGUCAUGUGCUCAUUUACCAAACUCUGCUUUACCACCGUCCAGUCCGGUAGAAAACCCCUCCCUUGGAAGCUGUGGUAUGAAUCAGGGUUUUGCAUCUGACCUUACAAGCACUGAGAGUACAAUUCAGGCACGUGGUGAUUUCCUUGCUGAAUUGUCAUCAGAGAGCAGCAGUGCUAGUGAUGACCAAUCCGUAGAUGACCGUGCAUUUUCACGUCAACCGCCCCUCGGUGAGGAGCGGAGAUAUACUCCUGACACAGUUCACCAGCAAUCAAAUCAGCUGCCUUUGGCAGGGAAUGCAAGAGAAGUGAUAACUCAACAGCCUUCAGGUCCCUGUUUGUAUUACAGUCAAGCAUCAUUCCCGCCACUGCAGGGUAAUCCACAUAGAACUUUCUACCAAGGGUACCCCGCGUUACCUCUGUUGAAACCAUGCUACCCGUCUUUCACUUUCUCCACUCCUGUCCAACCUGUGAUGGCACCUCACCUCAUGCAACCACCGCAUCCUCAACAGGUCUUUAUGCCACCGUUCCAGUACAGAAAUCAAAUGAUGUUCUCUAACUUAGUCCCACCAAGCUUAGGCCUUCCAUCUGUGCCUCAUGCCCAACUUCAGCCACAGUUAUUUCCAGUUUUUCAAGCUGCCACGGCCUUUCCUUGCUUUUCCGGUGUAAAUCUUUAUGAGCAAGCACAACAGGCAGCUGGUCCACCUGUUGAUGCCAGUGGCCAACUGGUCUUUACUCAUUCAGCAACUGCACUCUCCCAAGGUGGUUCUGUCGUCAGUGACUCGAUGGAUUCGUGCGGCUCGCAGGGUAGUUUGGUGGAUUCCAGUUCAGAUACGUCUUCAGUCCAUAGUUCAUUUGAGGGAAUGAUGACUUCGCCAGUAAAUCAGACAGAUGAUAAUUUAAAAUCUUUCCUUGCUAAGGCAGAUAACGACUUCGGCUAUACAACGACGGUAGCAUACAAGGACACUCAGAAAGAACCUAAAGAAGAUUUCAAAGAAAACAACCCACUGUCUGGACACAAACACGAGAGCCAAGUAGUUACGUUAGCAAAACUUUGCCACAUGAAGGUAUCUGGUAGUGACAUCAGCUCAAGCCACCAAUACUGUGAAAGUCAAGAGGACCUCGUGCAUAAACAAGUUACAAUUUUGUCCCAUGAAGAGAGUGUGAUGGGAAUGGGAAGGCGACUGUCACCGGAUGGAAGUAGUGUGGAGGGCGUUUGUCUCGAUUUAUCAAGCAACGAUUUCAAAGACGAAUUUUCAAAAGAAGCAAGUGGAUCUCCAAGUGAUUGGGACAAUUUGUCAAAAGAAUGUUGUAGCUAUACUCAAACUGUUGUGAAAGAACUGAAGAAUGGAAAUAUUAAAGAUAGUGGUCCAUCCCCAAAACCGCAGCGGAUCAAAGGAAAAUGUUCUCGGAGAUGGAAAAGUACCCAAUCUUCGUCUUUUUCAACCUCAUCGCAUGACGAUCUUUCUCCAGGAACUGAGCAACUUUCAGUAACGUGUCUUACAGUGAAUGAACAGUCUUCCAUCUGUGAGAAUAAUAACAAUUCUUUUAAACUGGAAGAUGGUGAUAUAAGCUGUGUCAACGAUACAGGUCAGCGUUUGAAAACAAGGAAGAAUCACAGGAGAGUGCGAUUUUCUAAGCGGGACUCUGCUCGAUGUAGAGAAAGUUUUUCAUCGCUACAGCAGCCCUCUAAACGUCAGGAAAAUCAUAGUAUUGGUAGAACAGCUCGUGAAGUCUGGGAAAGAGGUCUUACUGACAAGUUGAAGGGGCCAUUUAAGGAAAAGUCAUCAAGGAAGGGAACUUUAGAGGAAAAAGUGCCCAAGCUUGGUACAAAGAUUGACAAGAACAACAAUUCCUGA